UUACAUCGCGGCUGUGGGAAAAAGACUGUGGGACUGUUCAGGUCUCCCAGGGUGUGGUGGCUACCUAACGCCUCACCUGGGGAGGCAAGCGCCCCGCGGCUGUAUUUAUUACCUGAGCAAUAAGGGACGAGCAGUUCAGCCCUUCUCUGUGUUUGCUGGAUUUGCUUGCAUUUGUUCCCAGCCACUGCUCAUGUAAUGCACUCCCUUAGCCAGGAAAUUAAAGCAUUCUCCCGGAAUAAUCUCAGGAAGCAAUGCACCAGGGUGACAACGCUAACUGGAAAGAAAAUUAUAGAAACAUGGAAAGAUGCCAGAAUUCAUGUUGUGGAAGAAGUACAGCCAAGCGAGGGGGUUGGUUGUGGUUAUGUGCAGGACCUUAGCUUGGACCUGCAAGUUGGCGUUAUUAAGCCAUGGUUGCUUCUGGGGUCACAAGAUGCUGCUCACGACCUGGAUGUACUGAAAAAGCACAAGGUGACUCAUAUUCUUAAUGUUGCAUAUGGAGUUGAGAAUGCUUUCUUCAAUGAGUUUACGUAUAAAAGCAUUUCUAUAUUGGACCUUCCUGAAACCAAUAUCCUGUCUUAUUUUCCAGAAUGUUUUGAAUUCAUUGAACAAGCAAAAAUGAAGGAUGGUGUGGUUCUUGUUCAUUGUAAUGCAGGGGUUUCCAGGGCUGCUGCAAUUGUUAUAGGCUUCCUGAUGAAUUCUGAAGAAAUUUCAUUUACCAGUGCUUUUGCUUUGGUGAAAAAUGCAAGACCUUCCAUAUGUCCAAAUUCUGGCUUCGUGGAGCAACUUCGCACAUAUCAAGAAAGCAAAGAAAGCAAUAAGUAUGACAAAAUACCACAAUUGGAAAGUGGCAACAGUUCAUGAGUUGCAUUCUAAAUGCAGACGAUAGACUAAUGUAAUAUCUGAAUUGGCCUCUGUAGCUGUCUUUUCCUCUUUAGGAGAGUAGACUACUAAAUUUCCUUUUCUUUUACUUUUUACAAAUGGAAAUGGAAAUCAAUUUGAUUGUCCUGAGCUAGUAUAUGAAUAAAUUUUUAAAUUAUAUUACUUUCUGUUAUUAUAAUGCUUGGUAAAGUUAAUUACUAAGAGAAAAUAACAGUGAAUUAUGAAUCAUUGAUUUUUACAGAAGAAAAAAUUUAAAUUUAAAUUCUAUAUUAUAGCAUGGAAAGAAUAGAUCAGUUAAUGAAGUCUUUAGUAUUUUUCUGUUCUAACACCUGUUUUCAUGAGUGAAAAAACUUGAAUGCUACUUGACAUACUGUUUUAGAGAAAGGUAAAUUUUUCGUAAAGAAUAUUUUAAAGAUUAAAAAUGAAUACCUUCAACCUCCCAAAAGAGUCCCAGAAUCUAAAGGUUUAUACAGCAUUUAUGUAGUAGUAACUAGGCAUGGUGGCAUGUGCCUAUAAUUCCAGCAACUCAGGAGGCUGAG